AUGCGUAAGGAAUACAGCAUUCGUACCGGAACUAAAUACACACAUUUUAUUCGUUUACGACCGGACGCUAUUUUCUUCACGCCUUUCCCAUCUGUAUCAACUCUUCCUUUCAUUUCACCCAACGGUGAACCGUGGAUUUUAACGGGAAAUAAACGAGCUUGCUGUUGUGGCAAUGAAGAUUGGUUUGGAAUUGGUACAAUCGAUCUAAUGGAUACCUAUUUUGAUCGUAUCGACAGUAUCCUCUCUUAUAAACUAAUAAAUCCAUCGUGGACAGCUGAGGAUUACAUAAGCUAUCAUCUGAAAGUUAACGGCAGUGCAGCCUUAAAUGUCGAUUACGAACACCUACGGGUGUGUAUUCAUAAACCUCUAGACCGUAGAAAUCCUGGUGAUCCAUAG